AUGAAAGAGCUUAGACUUUCGCUCCCCCUCCUCCAAGCAUACCAGGUCCCAUGGCACCCAACCCAACUGCGAACUCCGCCGACAUUCAACGAGACGUUGUCGAAACCAUGGGACCCCAUGCCGCCCAACUGGACCCUCACGCGGCCUUGUGCGGACGACAUCUGCUACUCGCUCGACGCCACGCCCCUCAGCGACCUGGCGUCCUUCCAGCUUGUGACCGACACGCAGAGACCCAACGCCACUUACUUCGGAUACUCACUCGACACCGCUGUCGCCGAGGGCGCCUACCACAGCGUGCCCACGGGCUCGCUCGCCUCGCAGAACAACACAUACGAGGUCAUCAGCUGGGGCUAUGACUCCCUGGGCGCAGCCUUCGUGGUUGUGCAUGAGACACCCGCCACGUCGGAGACGGUGGCGUCGCUGGACAUUUUCAGCCGGGGCCCUGCGGGGCCGAGCAACGACACUCUGGACACCAUCGGGGCUGGGAUUCAAAGGCUAGGAAACAAGAAGCUCAUGGACUUAUUGACAGAUGUGACCCAGACACCGCAAGACGGAGGCAGGGACAACGAUCCGUGGCCGUCUUGUAACGCGACCUGCAGGACCAACGCGUAUUCCAUGCCACUUGAGCAGUGUGAUUGA